UCGGUCCAAAUCCACCUGCUGAGCGAUCGAGCGAGCGAGACGAAAGCUCGUCGGCUUCGGGUGCUUAGCGCUAUCUCUGUAUCUCAUGGCGAUGGCGACCUCGUCGGCGCCGCUGCUCCCGAAUCCCGCGCUACCGGCUCCACCCUCUCCUUCCUUCCCCGUUCCUAAGACAAGUUCCAGCCGCCAGCGGGCCAUCCCCGACCACCAACAAGCUGACGGCAAGCGGAGGAGGCAGCCGAGCGGCCCGCUCCGUCGCGGCGGGGGAGCGAACAGGCGCCUGCGCAGCCUCGUCCAGCGCGGGGAGAUAGAAGACGCUCUCGCACUCGUCGAUUCCAUAUCCUGCAGCGGGAAGUUCCCCGCCGUCGUCCCCUGCAAUAUCCUCAUCAAGCGGCUCUGCGCGGGCGGCCGCGUCGCGGACGCGGAGCGUGUGUUCGCGGUGCUCUGCUCCUCAGCUACCAUUGUCACCUACAACACCAUGGUGAACGGGUACUGCCGAGCCGGCCGGAUCGAGGACGCGUGCCGGCUCAUCGACGCCAUGCCGUUCGCGCCGGACACGUUCACGUUCAACCCGCUCAUCCGAGCGCUCUGCGUCCGCGGGCGCGUCCCCGAAGCCCUUGCGGUGUUCGAUGAUAUGCUACACCGCGGCUGCUCCCCGAGCGUGGUCACCUACAGCAUCCUCCUGAACGCCACCUGCAUGGCGAGCGGCUACAGGCAAGGCAUGUCUCUCGUCGACGAGAUGCGCGCCAAGGGCUGCGAGCCGGACAUCGUCACAUACAAUGUCCUCAUCAAUGCCAUGUGCAAACAGGGAGAUGUUGAUGAAGCUCUCAAGAUCUUGAGCAGCUUGCCGUCCCAUGGAUGCAAACCAGAUGCUGUCACCUACACGCCGGUGUUGAAAAGUUUGUGCAUCUCUGAGCGGUGGAAGGAGGCUGAGGAGCUCUUGGCCGAGAUGGCCAGCAACAAAUGUGCCCCAGAUGAAGUGACAUUCAACACGAUAAUCACUUCUUUGUGCCAGAAAGGGUUGGUUGAUCGUGCAAUCAGAGUUGUUGAUCAAAUGUCGGAGCAUGGAUGCAUCCCAGAUAUUGUCACAUACAGCACUAUUCUUGAUGGUUUGUGCAACGAAAGGCGUGUUGACGACGCAAUGGAAUUGUUAAGCAGACUGCAAUCCUAUGGGUGCAAGCCUGACAAAAUUACCUAUACUACCGUCUUGAAGGGCCUGUGCAGCGUUGAGCGGUGGGAGGAUGCUGAGGAGCUCUUGGCCGAGAUGGCUCAUAAUAAUUGUCCCCCAGAUGAAGUAACAUUCAACACAAUAAUCACUUCUCUAUGUCAGAAAGGGUUGGUUAAUCAUGCAAUCAAAGUUGUUGAGCAAAUGUCAGAGCAUGGAUGCAUCCCUGAUAUCGUCACAUACAAUUGUAUUAUCUAUGGUUUGUGCUACGAAAGGUGUGUUGAUGAUGCCAUGAAACUGUUGAACAGUCUGCACUCCUAUGGGUGCAAGCCUGAUCUAAUUACAUACAACACCGUAUUGAAGGGCCUGUGUAGUGUUGAGCGGUGGGACGAUGCUGGGCGGCUUCUGGUCGAGAUGAUCCAUAGGGAUUGCCCCCCAGACGAAGUGACAUUCAACACAAUAAUCACUUCUUUAUGCCAGAAAGGAUUGCUUUUACAAGCAAUUGAAAUUCUGGAGACAAUGCCCAAGAAAGGUUCCAUUCCCAACUCGACCACCUACAAGAUAGUUGUUGAUGAGCUUUUGAAGGCUGGAAAGACCCAGGGAGCCGUUGAGCUGUUGAGCGGCAUGACAAAUGGCUGUACUCCGGAUUUAUUUACUUACAACACGGUAAUCGCCAGUAUAUCCAAGUCCGGCAAAAUGGAGCAAGCUCUUCAUUUGUUGUAUGUGAUGGUAUCUAAGGGUCUUUGCCCAGAUACAACUACUUACCAAUCUUUAGCUUAUGGGCUCUCUAGAGAAGAUGGAAUGGACAGGGCUAUCAGAAUGCUCUGCCGAGUUCAGGAUAUGGGCUUAUCACCUGACACUACGGUGUAUAAUGCUAUACUGCUUGGUCUUUGUAAAAAUUGGAGAACGGACCUAGCUAUUGAUUGCUUUGCUCAUAUGGUUUCUAAUGGUUGCAUGCCUGAUGAAUCAACCUACAUUAUUCUCAUCGAAGGGCUUGCUUAUGAGGGUUUUGUGGGUGAGGCAAAAGAACUGCUAGGGAACCUUUGUUCUCAAGGAGUUUUAGAUAAGAGCUUGAUUGAGGAAGAAAGCCACUAUUCUUAGACUGAAUAUGCAUGUUUAUCGAGCUGUGGUGAAGUUUAAUGGUGCCUUUGCUUACAGUAGUGCAAGCGUUGAAAUGCUUGCUUUGCAUCCUUUCAAGUCAUGACGAAUUGUGCAUACUUCUGUACAGUUGCUAUUUUUCUCCUUAUUUUCCUACAUACACUUUGUAGCUUUAGCUUCAAAAUUUUCAUGGACAAAGUUGUUCUCCAUCAUUCACCUACCACAGUGCCGUCCAAUAGGUUGCCCUGCUUACCGAUGGUUGUUCAAAGUUUUGUUCUAAUUCAGUUAUAAUACUUGUAACAGUAUGCUAAUUUUAAUCUUUCUUGCUGGUUUCCGAUCU